UUCAGAGCUUCUAGAAACAAAACAAGCAGCUGUUCUUCCCGCCUUACGUCACAUUCACGGUAAGCUCGAGACGAGAGAUCAGACAUGUCGGGUUGCUAUUCUCCCAGCUUUAAGAAGCCGUCCGAUGUUCUCCGGAUGAGAAAGAAACGCGCGCGGAGCGAAACGUUCGGCGGUAAAGUGUCGAGUCCGGUGGUGUCGGUGGAAGGGGUCCGUCCGUUCUUACCGGGACCGCUUCUGAGCGCGCAGGGCCGGGCUGGCGGCGCGGGCGUAAAGCGCAGAAACCCGUUCGCAAACAUCGAAAACACGUACAACAGCCCGAAGAAAAGAGCUUUAUCACACACCGUCUGCGGUAUCGGCGCUCCGGACGUUAAAACGACUGCAGCUGCGGGUCUGGAUGGGAAAUCACUAACGUUACAUGAACGAUUAAAUGCCGGAACUUUAUUGACAGAAGAGCUUUUACAACAACAACAACAACAACAGCUGCAGAAGCCGGCGCCUAUCUCUGGAGACGAGUCUUUGUUUGAAGAGGACCUGUUUGAACCCGUCAGGUCUGAACCAGUAUUAAAGAGUCCAGACGGUCGUGCGGUUUCUGACGCAGGUGUGUCUGAGCCGUGCCUUGAGUUCCCGGCCGAUUGGUCCCUGAAAACCCGUCUGCUGUUCACCUCCCCUCAGUCGUUCAGUUGGGCGGAGCAACCGAAGGCUCAGGAGGAGGCGCAGGGCCUGACCGCUCACUGCAGGGCUGCGUAUGCCAGCUUACCAGCUAACAUACAAGAGCCCCGGGGCUGUGCGGAGCUGCGCUGUGGUUUUCAGCAGUGUCUGCAGUAUUGGCAGCAUCCCUCUUUCUCCUGGCUCUCUCUCUUCCCACGGAUCGGUGCCGAGCGCAAGUUCUCGGGCAAGAUCACGCCGUGGGCGCAAGACGACAACCUGCAGCAGAGUCUGAUGAGCGACUGGUCUGUGAGUCUGACGUCUCUGUACAAUUUGCUGAAGGCCAGACUGUGUCCGUACUUUUACCUGUGCUCGCAUCAGUUCACUGUUCUCUUCAGAGCCGCUGGUCUGAAUGGUGCUAAAAGCAUCAGCGCACUGCUCACUCCCACCACCAGAGGGCUGCGUGAGGCCAUGAAAGCUGAGGGAAUAGAGUUCACGCUCCCCCUGCUGGAAGACAAGAAGAAGAGCAGAGACGCAUCUGAGGUCGAGAGCUCUCGACAGGCUGACGGCGAAGAUCCGGCCAAGAGCGGUGAAGCUGUGAAGAGUGAACACAGUGAAAAUGAGGUUGAUGAUGAUGACGACGACGACGAAGAUGAUGAUGAUGAUGGGUUUUCGUGGUUGCAGGAGAUGGGCGUCCAGGACAAGAUUAAGAAGCCUGAUGCUAUUUCUAUUAAACUUCGUAAGGAACACAGAGAGGUUUGCUUAGAUCACAGACCGGAGUCAGUGGUGCUGGUGGAGGGUUCAAACACGUUCACUCUGCUGAACUUCCUCGUUAACUGUAAGAGUCUGGUCGCUGGAGCCGGAUCUCAGGCUGGUUUUCCUCCAACACUUCUGGCCCCUACAGCCUUCAGAGGAGCCUCGCUGCACACGCUCAAGGCCCGUACAGUGAACGUGAAGACUCAGAUCCGAACGGGCUAUCAGGACGUGUGCAGUCUGGAGGUGACGGGACCCAUCAUGCCUCACACGGUGCACGCGCUGACCCAGCUGCUGAAACCCGCUCAGAAGGGUGAAUUCUCUGUGGGUCUGUACACGCAUGAGCCCACUGCUGUCCUCAAUGUCCCCAUCAGCCAAACAUCUGAACCGGAGACACUGGAGGAUGUUGUGCAAGAUUUAGGCAGGUGCGGUCUACAGCAGGGCACAGUUCAGCAGCUGGCCGUACCCACCACGCUGGGCAGAUCUGCCCUCAGACAGCUGCACAUGAGAGGACAUUCAUACAGCUGGAGGUCUUGAGAUCCGUCCCGCUGUGACAGCAUGUGAAGAGCCUACGACAGGCCACGUCUUUUAAUAUCCUCUGUAAUAGAAUCUGCCUGUGAUGCUGUGGUUUACUGUACCAUCUGACACGAGUGACUUUAUAUCCGUGCUAGUUGUUGUAUAUAGUGUGACUAUUGACUUACAGCCUGUAGCUUUUAAUGUGCACUGCCUCGCGUUACUUUUAGGUUGUUUUAUUUCUGUCGGUUUUCAAAGACAUUAAUGUGUUUUAGAUUAGUGUAUGAUUUUAAAAGGAUUGUUUUAUCAUGAAUAGUUUAAGCAUGUGCCGAAUGCAGCUAACUGUGAUGUUUCUGACUGUGGGAAUAUUUAUCACAUUUUAAUAAAUUUGUUAUAUUAAAUGGAAUAUUUUAAA